AUGCAGCUCAUCACCCGCGCCAUCUAUCACCUCGAAACCACGCAGCUCGAAGUUGGGACACUCGCUUUUGCAGUUCUCAAUUUCCUGACUUAUGCUGUGUGGUGGGACAAGCCUCUCAACGUGCAGUGCCCACAUCCAGUGUACUGGAAUGUCAGCGAUAGAGACGAAUUCACUCGGCUUCGGAUCUUGCGUCGAAUCUUCCGCCCAGUAAUAGAGCUGAUAGGCUGGGCUGAGAUUCCCACAUCUCGAAAGCUCCGAGUUCCAACAUUUGAUGGCAGCAUCAAACUUGAAGGUUCGGAUAACAUGGUUCUUCGGCUCGCUGGAUUGCUUAUAGCCACUAUCUUUGGCGGCAUCCAUUGUAUGGCUUGGUUUUUUGCUUUCCCCGCAUGCCAGGAACAGGCGCUAUGGCGCAUGAGUGCCAUCGCUAUAACUUGCACACCCUGGCUUAGUAUCCUUACGGUAUUAGUCUUUAACGUCCUGGACGCACUAGAUGCGUGCUUCGAUGCGGUUUAUGCAUUGUUUGUUAUGUUGUACAUUACAGCUCGUGCCGUCCUCUUGGUACUGAUGUUCACCACCUUACGCGAUCUUCCUCCUGACGUAUACAAGGCCGUGUUGUGGACUAGUUUGGUGCCGCACUUGUAG